UGUUACGCGCGCGCGUUCGUCUGUACGCACCGGUGUUCCCGUUUGUCGCGGUUUUCGUUAUUUUUUGUUAUUUCCGUGUCUCUGUUUACGCGGUUCGCACGCGCGGCCGUUUUUUUUUUCCCGCGCAGCCACCCCGCCGCCGAAGCCCGGCGAGUGCGAUUCUCGUUUUUCGUCGACCCGACGUCGCCGUUCCUGCGCCGCCAUCAUGAUCGGCGUGUUCAGCCACGUUGUCAGCAAGUCCCGGCUCACCCGGAUCAAACUGGUCACCAUCGACAACUCGGCGUUCCGCGUCCACUACCGGUUCACGUUCGCCAUACUGCUGGCGUGCACCACGCUGGUGUGCAGCCGACAGUACAUCGGCGAACACAUCCAGUGCAUCGCGACCGGCGUGAACAACAAGGUAGUAAACACGUUCUGUUUCUUCACCACCACGUACACGUUACCGGACGCCAACAACACGGCCCAUCCCGGCGUCGGCCCGGUCCAGUGGGACUCCAAGCCCAUCCAGCACGCGUACUACCAAUGGGUGCCGUUCGUGUUGUUCUUCCAGGCCAUCAUGUUCUACCUGCCGCAUCUCCUGUGGCGCACGUACGAAGCGGGCACGAUCGCGCUGUUGGUCAACGGCCUGCAGCGGCUCUAUCUCAAGACGGACGACGAAAAGGACUUGGUGGUCGGGACCACGCGGAUCACUUCCGAGGCGACCAGGUGGGCGAAAAUCCGCAACGUGAUGAACCAUCUGGACACGGUCACCCGGUUCCGGUUGAACCGCAACUGGGCCGUGGUGCUGGUCGGGUGCGAGGUGCUCAACCUGGUCAACGUGUUGGUGCAGCUCAAGCUCAUGGACAAGUUCCUCGGCGGCCAGUUCUACUCGUACGGUCUGCAGCUGUUUGACGACGUCAGCAGCCCGCUAGACCGCGUUUUCCCGAAAAUGACCAAGUGCGACUUCCACAAGUUCGGUCCGUCCGGCACCAUACAGACCCACGACGCGCUGUGCGUGAUGGGCCUGAACAUCAUCAACGAGAAGAUCUACGCCGUGUUAUGGUUCUGGUUCAUAGUCGUCUUGUUGCCCGUCAGCGUGGCCGCCCUGCUGUGGCGCGUCAUCCAGUUCGCCAUGCACUCGCGCGAGUCCUUCAACCGGCUACUGCUCCGCGAGGCGUCGCCCGGUUCCCGGAUCGAUCACGUCGACCUGGCCAUCAUCGCCCGGCAGACCACGUACUCGGACUGGCUGUUCAUGUACUACCUGUCCGGCAACAUGGACGGCGCCGUGUUCCGCGAUCUGUUGCACAGUUUCGCUACCGGACUCCGGAAGGAACCGGGGUCGCAGGCGAGCGACGACGAUCUAUUGCCGCUUGACAAAAAUUCCCUCUGAGAACUCGCCGGCAGCAACAGCAGCAGCAGCAGCAGCAGCAGAACAGUUCAACGCCAACCACCCACACCCCCCCCCCCCNCCCCCCCCGGGCCACUGCAGUGCGAUCCGAAGGACCACAGUUGCAAAGGCCUUCUCCCCCGGGAUUCCGCUGUCCCAAACGACUAUACUUAUGCUUAAACAAUAAGUUACAUAUUAUUAUUAUAUUUCUGCAGUUCGCCCCUAUAAUAUCUGUACAUAUUAUUAUUAUUAUUAUUAUUAUUAUUAUUAUUAUUAUUAUUUUAUUAUUUUAUUAUUUUUAUUAUAUUAGAUUUUUAUUAUUCUUAAGGCGAACGAACAGGCGCGCGACUACGCGCCCGCGGCCCUCCCCUAAAUUUUAACCGCUCCGCGCCGCGAGUAAUCCUAAGUAGUAAAACAAAACAAAACGAAAAAAAAACAAAUAAAAAAUAGUUUGUAUCAUAUAUGCACUGCCCGGCGAAAAAGAUAACGGAAAAUAAUAAAAAAAAAAAAAAAAAAACAACGUCUUAAAAAAAUAUCAUACGCCGCGCCGUGUACUGUUCCGCCGAAUCGCGUGUUAUUAUCGGGUUUUUUUUUUUUUUUCGUUUUUCGAUCCCUAUAAAAAAAACAAAACGUCGCACACGCCGUCGACGUGAAACACAACGACAAACAAUAAUCGGUCGCGUACGAAAUCGAACGAAAUCUCUCGGGUUUUUUUUUUCUCCCCCCCCGAAACGGAUUUACGUUGUGUAAUAACGUCCUCGCGACGAUCGGACGGGACGCGUUCCGUUAUCAUUACGACACGGGUCGGGUACUUGACGCACGCGGACGGGCCGACGUGCCGGGUUUGUACGGCUCGUUUUUUUUUUAUUAAAUUUUAUUGCUCGCGCGAAAAUUUUACGUCGCCGUUCCGUCUCGCGUCGCACGUUCUGUUUUCGCGAUAAACGAAACGGUCGGCGGGACUCGUCGACUUCGUACCGUCAACGACGCGCGUAUGUACACACACACGCGCGCGCGCGCGCAUAUAUAAACACAUAUAUUUUUAUUAUUAUUAUUAUUAUUAUUUUUUUUUUUUAUAUAACACUAAAACUCUGUAUCUCUCAUUAUUUGAUUUACGAUUUGAUUUGAUCCGUAAUAUAUUAUAUUAUUUACACGAAACGCGUUGUUGUGAUUUGUUGAUUCGACGAGCGCCGCCGGUAUUGUUUGCGUUUCGAAAAACGGUGUAACAACAACGCCGACCGGCGACCGG